GGCUGCUUUCUCACCUCCUCCCUAAUAGGCACUCUGGCCCUCAGCCUCACUAUCCCACUCUCCAUCAUAGCAGACAUAUGCAUGCAGAAGGUAAGAGGGGGCACUAUUAUUGCCGGACGCACAUGUUGCCAUCAUACCCUUUAGCAUGACUGGUCUACCAAAACUGGUCUACUAAUAGUGGCACUCGGUUGUGAUGGAUGCUUUGUCACAUGCCACUUAGCGUAAUUCCGUUUUGUGACAGGGUAUCAUCUAGCGAUGUGAUGAGAGAACUUUGUCUGUCUGUCUGUGGGUCUCAAACUUUGAAACUGCAGAGUCUAUUCCCUUAGUAGAGUGCACGGAUAUAGCAUAAUUUGAAGUUUCAAAUUAGCAUAUAUUUUUGUGAGGAAAUAGUUUGAAAAGUUGAUGUCAAGUCACCAACUCUCAGUACAAGUACAAUGCACUACUCUUCUAUGAAUCAGUCCUUCUGAGAUGGUUGGGAUUGUUAUACCUGUAGCUAUUAUUGAUUCUUAAAAGCGUAAGUACAUUGCAAGUAUUGGAAUGUUUCUGACCCAUUGUUAGGCAGCUCGCACUUAAAUCUAUAAGUGUGCUAUAUAAGCAGCUAUCGCAUUCUGCACUGCUAUGUUUCUGUCCCCAGGUGCGUUUCUCCUGGCUGUUUUUCGCUGGAGCGGUUCCCGUAUUCCUCUCCUUCUUCAUCGCCACUCUGUUAUGUCACUACAACAACUGGGACCCUGUCAUGGUGGGCCUACGAAGAGUGUUUGCCUUCAUAUGCCGCUCGAAACACCGGAUUCAAAGGUAUUAGGGAAAACAAUUGUUACUCUUUGUAUUGUACUGUUAACUUGGCCGAUGCUUUGCAAGGUUUUACUUUCACAAUAAUUGUAAAAGCACACAUGCAUGUACGAACACACACACAAUCACUCUUAUAUUUUCCAAAUCUUUGUUAUAAAGUCUCUUCCCUAAUAAAAAGCAUGAGCUGGCGCACACCCAGAGAACAUCACUUAGUGUAGAGGUGCUGACUAAUGGAGAAUAAACUGUAAGCUAUAAAAACAAAUAGAGUCGCACACUAUGUAUAAACUUUUAUUGGGUAAAAAACCACCAACGCUUCGGCAUCACUGUGCCUUCUUCAGGUUAAUGUCAUGAAUGCUUCAACCUUGUUAUGUGAAACAUAAACACAAACAGUGCAAUUAGUGCAACCAAUGACAAUAGUGAGGGGUGUGUCGUAAUUGCUAGGUGAAUCAGAAUGAAUUAAGCAAAAACUGUAAGACAAUAGCCCACAGCAUAUUGAAUAAAUUAUGCCAUUGUUAUCAAUAUCAUUAGCAUCAACAUACAUUGUUAAUUUUUUUUUUACAUAUAUAUUUAAAUGUUUCCAAUUUAAUUAAAUGUUUUUGUUACAUGUAAUCUUUUGGUUAAACCAUAUUGCAUAAUAAGUAUCAUCAACAGGGGGGAACAUAUUGGGUGUAUGCUGAUAAGCUGUAGAACGAAUACAUUCAUUUUCAAGAACUGUUAACAAAAAAUAUAAUUGGUCAUAAGAAGGGCCUGAGAUCAAAGUCAAUAUUCAGACCACUAGGGGUUAAUGUUUUUAAGUAGGAUAUCCAGUAGGCCUCCCUCUGUAGUAGUAGGAUAUCGAUGUUACCUCCUCUCCUUGGUAGAGCAACAUGCUCAAUGCCUGUGUAUUUGAGGGAGGAGAUAGGAUGGUUAGCUUCAACAAAGUGAGCUGCUACUGGAUAGUCAGUGUUCUUACACCUGAUUGAGCUGCGUUGUUCAGCUAUGCGUUGUUUUCAUUGUCUUUUCGUUUGUCCUACGGAUGCUUUCCCACAUGUACAGGUGAUGAGAUAGAUUACUCCCUUUGUCUUGCAUGAGAUGAUACCCCUAACAGGGAUUUUUCGACCUGUAUGUGGGUGUGUGUGAAGGAUGUUUUUGUAGUGCUAUUGCACUGUGCGCAUGAGCCACAUUUGUAGUUCCCAUUUGGAAUAUUGCGACCCCCACUUAUAUACCAACAGUGGGGGUUCCUUGAAGAGGUGUGCAAUUAUUUUGUCUGAUUGCAGAAUAUGCCAGCGCUUUUUCAGGAUUGCUUUCAUUUUCUCAGAACACUUGGUGUACUUAGUGCAAAACACUGUUGCGUUGUUUUUCUUCUUUGGUUUAGUUUUUAGCAAUUCCUCUCUUGGUUUUUGAGAUAUUUUCAUCAUUGCAGCAUUGAGAGUUUUGUCCUUGUAGCCUCUCAUUUUGAAUGUAUCUGUCAUUUUCUUAGCAUUGCUGUCAAAAUCUGACUGGUGGCCACAGAUUCAUUUAAACCUGCAUAACUGGCUAUAUGGUAGACCAUUCUUGAGGGGAAGGGGAUGCAUACUAUCCGCACGUAGCAGGGUAUUGCAGUCUGUGGGCUUUGUGUAUCAGUCUGCAUGUAAUGCAUCAUUCUCUUUGAUGAUCCAUAAGUCCAGGUAAUUUAUUUUGUUCUUAUCAGUCUGCAUGGUGAAUUUGAGAUAUUCAGAGCUCUCAUUUAAUAGAGUUUGAAAUUCAUUUAGUUCCUGCUGACUUCCUUCCCAGAGCACAAAGACAUAAUCUAUGUAUUUCUUCCAUAGGAGGAUUUUAGAAAGUAGGGGGUGUGUGUCUUUUGUAAUUGAGUGCUUCCUCAAAUUGUCCCACAUUUGAGGAAGCAAAAGGGGAGCCCAUGCCUACACCCCGAAUUUGAAGGAAAAAGUCUGACUCAAAGAUGAAGUAGUUAUUGGAUAAUACCAGUUCAGCGAGUUGCAAGAUGCAAUCAUUGGAUGGCACAAGGGUAGGGUCUCUCUGCUGAAGGAAGUGUUGCAGUGCCUGCAAGCCUCCAGUGUGUGGGAUGUUAGUGUACAAGCUCUCCACAUCAAAAGUGGCCAGCAGGGUGCCCUCUGGUAUCCUUCCUAAGCCCUCUAUCAAUGAGAUCAUGUGACUAGUGUCUUUGACAUAAGAUGGGAGAUUCUCAACCAUCGGUUUAAUGUGGUAGUCCACAAACUUAGAAAUGUUGGACGUCAGAGUCAAUUGCUGCUACAAUGGGUCUACCUGGGGAGGAGACACUUGUUUGUGUAAUUUAGCGACUGUAUAAAAAGUUGGUAUCUUAGGAAAUUUCACACCUAGAAAUUCACAUUAUUUUUUGGUUAUUUGUCCUGAUUCCAAAUAGCUUUCCACUGUGGAUGUGAUAUUUUGCUGGAAUUCUAGGGUAGGCUUAUGAUUCAUUUUGUGAUAGAAGUCACCUUUAGAUAGUUGUCGGAGACAUUCAUUCACAUAGUCACAUUUGUUUUGUAUACACAUUCCUCCUCCUUUGUCAAAUUUUUUUAUGAUAAUCGAAGGAUCUAAUUGUAAGUCCUUAAGAGCCAUUCUCUCAUCUCUACUCAGGUUAUCAUAGGAUUUGUGUUUCUGUUUCUUUCAGUAGGUCAUCUACAUAAUUUUCAACAAUCCUGCAGAAGGUUUCUAUGGAUGUUUUUUACCAAAUAAAUUACUGGGAGUUUAUACAUAGUGUGCAACUCUCUUUAUUUGUUUUUAUAGCAUAAAGUCUCUUCCCUGAUAUUGAAUCAAGGACAAUGGAUAGCAUUGGUUCCUUUUAGGCUUGCGGGGUUCGUUGUAGUUCAAUUUGUUUGUCUUUAUGACAUUCAUUUAUUUGCAUUAUUGUAAUGGCCGUCAAUUCUUAUCUGAAUGCUAGUUGUUCCCAUUCAGGUAGUGAUUAUGAUUAUGAUCAUGAUCAUGAUAUCCUCUUCCGUCAGAUUGCCAGAAGAUAGCGAACAGUGUGAAAGCCUUAUUCCCUUACACACUGUCUCCCAUGACAAUGAAAGCUUCUGCUCGUGA